AUGGAGAAAUUGGUAGAAAAGCAUCACAUGGAAGCCGCAAACGCCGGACAAUACAGUCUAAAUAAUGGAAUCCACAGCAAAAAUAAUGAUUCCUGUGACGAUGCUAAUUACAAAAUAAAGGAGGAGAAAAUUAAUCGCAAAAAUGAAGAAAAGAAUGAGGAUAAUAUAAAAGUUGCAAAGAAUCUGGAAUCAAUCAGUGAAGACGGAUGCGAGAAUGAGGUUCACAAGGAAGACGUAGAAGGAAACAUGAAUAGUGACGAUGAAAAAUUAGAAGUAGAUUUGAAAAAGAUUGGUUUUGAUGCUGGAAACAUGCAAUCUGAUGUUUUCAUGAUCAGCAAGGUUGAGAUUGAUAUUCGAUAUGGCAAUGAUGAAUUGUCAGUUGAACAAAAUGAAGCAGCACUUAAUCUUGAAGAUCAAUCAAUCGAAUCCGGUGAAUCUGAAUUGAUCGGCAUCAGAUCGCCACAAGAGGAUGAGCCACCAGUCGCGAACACCGAUGAAGCUGAAUAUAACGAGCUCAGAAAUUAUGUGGAAGACGUUGAGAGUGAUUUGACUUGGGCACUGAAUGAGGCUCAUUUGAUUGAUAAUGGGGUAUGUCCACCAAGAGAUGAAGCAAGACGUCGUUGA